AUCAAAGCACUUCUAAAAUUCUAGUAAAUUUUUUUAUUGGCCUUGAAAGUAUAGCAAUGGCGAAUGCCAAAUCUUGUUGCACCAUCAUACAUUCAACUAUGCUUCUGCUUUUCGGGUUGCUAAUGGCUACCUUCAAAAUCACAGGUGCCGAAGUGGGUGUUUGUUAUGGAAUGAUGGCAAAAAACUUGCCACCCGAAGCUGAAGUUAUCGCCCUUUUCCAACAAAAAGGCAUCCAACGAAUGCGGCUCUACGCUCCCAAUCACGCUGCUCUGCAAGCCCUUGGAGGAACCAACAUCAAGCUGCUGUUAGAUGUUCCAAAUCCGAGCCUUGAGUACGUUGCUGCUAGUCAAGCCAAUGCUAAUCAAUGGGUUCAAGACAACAUCAAGAAAUACAGCACCGUUAGUUUUCGAUACAUCGCUGUCGGAAAUGAAGUAAAGCCUUCGGAUUCUUUUGCUCAGUUCCUUUUCCCUGCAAUGCAAAAUAUUCAUAAUGCAAUUUCCGGAGCUGGCCUAGGGCACCAGAUCAAAGUUUCUACAGCUACCUUUUUUGCUGCUCUUCAAGAAUCUUACCCUCCAUCCAACGGUAAUUUACAUCCUGAAUAUCAGCAACUUCUUGGUCAAGUCAUAACUUUCUUGAGGGACAGUCAAGCUCCAUUACUUGUUAACACAUAUCCCUACUUCAGCCACAUUGGAGACCCCGAACAUGUUCCUCUUGACUAUGCUCUCUUUACAGCUCCGUCUGUCGUAGUGACCGAUGGUUCGUUGCAGUACCAGAACCUUUUCGACGCGAUGCUGGACUCGUUUUACUCCGCCUUAGAGAAGGCCGGUGGGGGAUCGUUGGACAUUGUUGUGUCGGAAACCGGUUGGCCAUCGGAUGGUGGAGACACCACGAGUGUCGAUAAUGCAAUGACUUAUAACAGGAAAUUGGUUCAACAUGUGAAUCAGGGCCAGGGGACUCCGAAGAAACCCGGAAAAGCAAUAGAAGCUUACUUGUUUGCCAUGUUCGAUGAGAAUGAAAAAGAACCGGCAUAUGAGAAACAUUGGGGGUUCUUUUAUCCAAAUAAACAGGAGAAAUACUCAAUUAGUUUCCAUUAAACCGGUACAGCAAUUUCUCUCAGCCCCGGGUAUUGAUUUGCAAACCAUUGUCAUCGCCUCUAAAGAAGAGAGCCUAGAGGCAAAUAAAUGUAAUCUGUACAUUGUAAUUUUAUAAAAUUGGUUGCCGUUUGCGAUUUUUUUUCAAGCGAAAUAAAAGCUUU